AUGUGGGAACUCUUGGCUGUCUUACUGCUCACCCUCGCAUACUACUUUUGGCCCAAGAUAAGGCACCGUGGUGUCAAGUACCCUAAGAGCCUCCCAUUCCUGCCCCUGGUAGGCAGCCUGCCAUUCCUCCCUAGACAUGGACAUCCUCAUAUCAACUUCUUCAAGCUGCAGAAAAAAUACGGCCCCAUCUAUUCCUUUCGUCUGGGUACCAACACUACCGUGGUCGUGGGCAACCACCAGUUGGCCAAGGAGGUGCUCCUCAAGAAAGGCAAAGAAUUCUCUGGGCGGCCCCUUGUGACGACUCUGGCUAUCCUGUCAGACAACCAAAAGGGUGUCGCCUUCGCUGACAACGGUCCCCACUGGCAGCUGCAUCGGAAGCUAGUGCAGGCUGCCUUUGCCCUGUUCAAGGACGGCCACCAGAAGCUAGAGAAGAUCAUACUUGAGGAAAUCAGCGCACUCUGUGAUUUCCUGGUCACCCAUAAUGAACAGUCCAUAGAUUUGGAACUGCCUCUCUUCCUGGCGGUGACCAACAUGAUCUCCAUGUUCUGCUUCAACUCCUCCUACAAGUAUGAUGACCCUGACCUGAAGAUCAUACAUGAUUACAACAAAGGCAUCCUGGAUAAUCUGGGCAGUGGGGGUCUGGUGGACAUCUUCCCCUGGUUGAAGAUUUUCCCCAACAAACCACUAGAAGUUAUGAAGAAUGCUGUUAAAUUACGGAAUGAACUGCUGAACAGAAUCCUAGAAAAAUACAAGGAGAAAUUCAACAGUGACUCUAUCACCAACCUACUGGACAUACUGAUUCAAGCCAAGAUGAACUCAGAAAAUAACAAUGAAGGCUCAGCCCAGGACUCAAAGCUGCUUUCAGAUGAACACAUUCUUACCACUGUUGGGGACAUCUUUGGGGCCGGUGUGGAGACCACCACCUCUGUGAUGAAGUGGAUUGUGGCCUUCCUACUGCACAAUCCUCAGCUGAAGAAGAAGAUCCAGGAGGAAAUUGACCAGAACGUAGGUUUUAGUCGCACACCAGCUAUCAGCGACCGGAAUCACCUCGUCCUGCUGGAGGCCACCAUCCGAGAGGUUCUUCGCAUCCGACCUGUAGCCCCGCUGCUCAUCCCCCACAAGGCUUCUACUGACUCCAGCAUUGGUGAGUUUGCCGUUGACAAAGGCACUCACAUUAUCGUCAAUUUGUGGGCCCUGCAUCACAAUGAGCAGGAAUGGCAGCAGCCCGACCGGUUCAUGCCUGAGCGUUUCUUGGACCCAACGGGGAGCCAGCUCAUCUCACCAACGUUGAGCUACUUGCCCUUCGGAGCAGGACCCCGCUCCUGUGUAGGUGAGCUCCUGGCCCGCCAGGAGCUCUUCCUCUUCCUGUCCUGGGUGCUGCAGAGGUUCGACCUGGAGGUGCCGGAUGGUGGACAGCUGCCCUCUCUGCAGGGCAAUCCCAAAGUGGUCUUUCUGAUCGACUCCUUCAAAGUGAAGAUCAAGGUGCGCCAGGCCUGGAGGGAAGCCCAGGCUGAGGGUGUUGCCUAG